AUGUUUGUUAACAGCUACUUCAUUUCCAGAAGAAGAAUGAAUGUGAGUUGCCAGGAAUUUCAGUAUUUUUUAAGUAGCACUAAGACUCAUACCUCUGCCUCAAUCAUCUUACGUGGGGCGAAUGAUUUCAUGUGUGACCAGAUGGCGCGCUCUUUACAUGAUGCUCUUUGUGUGGUAAGAGUUUUGGAGUCAAAAUCUGUGAUUCCGGGUGGAGGCACUGUAGAAGCAGCCCUUUCCAUAUACCUUGAAAACUACUCAACCAGCAUGGCCUCCCGGGAACAGCUUGCUAUUGUGGAGUUUACAAGAUCUCUUCUUGUUAUUCCUAAUACUCUGGCAGUUAAUGCUGCCCAAGACUCCACAGAUCUGGUUGCAAAAUUAAGAACUUUUCAUCAUGAGGCUCAGGUUAACCCAGAACACAAAAAUCUAAAAUGGAUUGGUCUUGACCUGGUCAAUGGUAAACCCCGAGACAACAAACAGGCAGGGAUGUUUGAACCAACCAUAGUUAAAGUUAAGAGUUUGAAAUUUGCAACUGAAGCUGCAAUUACCAUUCUUCGAAUUGAUGAUCUUAUUAAAUUACACCCAGAAAGCAAAGACAAUAAGCAUGGAGGUUAUGAAGAUGCUGUUCACUCUGGAGCCCUUGAUGACUGA